AUGUCUUCAUCAUAUCUCCCAGCAACCACCGAUUCCCUUGUUCAGGCUUCAGAAGCCAAAACCCCAUCUGAGGCCAUCUCUAUCCUUUAUCGCAUACUUGAUGGACCUUCAUCUUCUUCCGAAGCCCUACGAAUAAAAGAACAAGCAAUUUCUAACCUCUCUGACCUUCUUAGACAAGAGAACAAGGCAGAUGAACUUCAAAACCUUCUGACCCAAUUGCGGCCCUUCUUUUCCUUGAUCCCAAAGGCAAAAACUGCUAAAAUAGUUCGUGGUAUUAUUGAUGCAGUUGCUAAAAUUCCAGGCACAUCUGAUCUCCAGAUCUCUCUUUGCAAAGAAAUAGUGCAGUGGACUCGUUCUGAGAAGCGAACUUUUCUUCGUCAACGAAUUGAGGCAAGGCUUGCUGCUCUUUUAAUGGAAAGCAAGGAGUACUCUGAAGCAUUGACCCUCCUUUCGGUCCUGAUCAAGGAGGUGAGAAGAUUAGAUGACAAGCUGCUUCUUGUGGAGAUAGACUUGUUGGAGAGCAAGCUCCAUUUCUCUCUGAGAAAUCUUCCGAAAGCCAAGGCUGCACUUACUGCAGCAAGAACAGCAGCCAAUGCUAUUUAUGUGCCUCCGGCUCAGCAGGGCACCAUAGAUUUGCAGAGCGGGAUUCUGCAUGCAGAAGAGAAGGAUUAUAAAACUGGUUACAGCUAUUUCUUUGAAGCGUUUGAAGCUUUCAAUGCUCUUGAAGAUCCCCAAGCCAUAUAUAGCCUCAAGUAUAUGUUGUUGUGCAAAAUCAUGGUGAGCCAGGCUGAUGACGUAGCAGGAAUAAUAUCAUCACCCAAGGUUGGAUUGCAAUAUCAGGGGCCAGAACUUGAUGCAAUGAAAGCCGUUGCUGAUGCUCAUUCAAAACGCUCUUUGAAGCUCUUCGAGAUUGCUCUCCGCAAUUUUAGGGCCCAGCUAGAGGAAGACCCUAUUGUCCACAGGCACCUCUCUUCCCUCUAUGACACACUGCUUGAGCAGAAUCUUUGCAGGUUGAUUGAGCCUUUCUCGAGGGUUGAGAUUGCCCAUAUUGCUGAGUUAAUUGAAUUGCCUGCCGAUCAUGUGGAGAAGAAAUUAUCUCAGAUGAUCCUGGAUAAGAAGUUUGCUGGGACUUUAGACCAAGGUGCUGGAUGCCUCAUCAUUUUUGAAGAUCCAAAGACAGAUGCGAUCUACCCAGCAACAUUGGAGACCAUUGCAAAUAUGGGCAAGGUCGUUGAUAGCCUCUAUGUGAGGUCUGCCAAAAUAAUGGCUUGA